AUGAAGUUCCUCCGCUCCUCGACUUCUGACUCCUCUGUCAGCUCCACGGCCUCUUGCAAGUCCAGCUCUUCUGGCGGAAGCAGCAAGAGUAACAAGCCUCUCCGAUCCCGCGGCGAAUUCAUUGCCGACUCCAUGAAGCACAUGAGCAGCCAUGAUGUGAUUGAAAUGCUCGAACUGUAUGGCAGCACCGACGCAAAUCUGGGGUUGGAUUGCCUCCAGAGCCUCAAGGUCUCACCACCAGUCACCUCCAAGAAGAACCGAAGCAAGAGCAAGCGAUCAUCCAGCAGCCGUGGAUCAACCUCCUCCUCCUCUGGCUUGUGA